AUGACGGAGAAGUUCCUCCUCUUUAGAAGCUCUCCGCCGGCACUGCCUGGAGCAGGGUACGCUGCGUCGCUACACUGCCCCUUUAAGUUUGGCUGUGGUUUUCUUGGUGUGUGUCUUUUCUGUGUUUGCUGUGGGCCAAUGGUGGUGUUUAUAAUUCCUCAGCAGCUGUGGUGGGUGGGACUUCCUUGGUUAAAAGCUCAGUGCACCUUCUGCUCUCCUCACACUUUCUCUCUGCUCGCUGUGACAGAGCUCGGGUCCUCCAGUUGGUAUGAAGACCUGCGGCUCUGCUCUCUGCUCUGCACGGCCAACCACCCCGCACUGUAG